AUGACCACGACCGCAACCACUCUCAAGGGCGAGCCCCUCGACAAGGCGGCUCUCGAGUCCCUACUGCGUCGGCGCAUGUUCUACACUCCCUCGUUCGAGAUAUACGGCGGCGUGUCUGGCCUCUACGACUAUGGCCCGCCCGGCUGCGCUCUGCAGGCGAACAUUAUUGACCUUUGGCGCAAGCACUUCAUCCUCGAGGAGGAUAUGCUCGAGGUUGACUGCACCGUACUGACACCCCACGAUGUUCUCAAGACCAGCGGCCAUGUCGACAAGUUUGCGGACUGGAUGUGCAAGGACCCCAAGAAUGGCGAGAUCCUCCGUGCCGACCACUUUGUGGAAGACGUCCUCGAGUCGCGGCUAAAGGGCGACAAGGAGGCCCGCGGCCAGCAGGUGGAGGAGAAGGAGGAGGACCCUAAGAAGAAAAAGAAGAAGUCCAAGAGCCACGAGGCCGUUAAGCUGGACGAUGCGGUGGUCAAGGAGUACGAGGAGGUGUUGGCGCAGAUUGAUAACUACGAUGGCGAGCAGCUCGGCGAGCUCAUCAAGAAGUACGAUCUCAAGAAUCCCGCCACGGGCGUGCAGCCCAGCCCUCCGGUAUCGUUCAACCUCAUGUUCCAGACGUCGAUUGGCCCCAGCAGCAACCUCCCAGGCUACCUUCGGCCCGAGACUGCGCAAGGCCAGUUCCUCAACUUUGCCAAGCUCCUCGAGUUCAAUACUGGUCAGAUGCCCUUUGCGUCUGCCUCGAUUGGCAAAUCUUACCGGAACGAGAUCUCCCCUAGGGCCGGUCUGCUCCGUGUCCGCGAGUUCUUGAUGGCUGAGAUCGAGCACUUUGUCGACCCCGAGGGCCACAAGAAGCACCACCGGUUCCAUGAGGUCGAAAACAUCGAGCUCGAGCUUCUUGACCGCCACACUCAGCUCUCUGGCAAGACAACCACAAAAAGUAUGGCCAUUGGCCAAGCUGUGAGGGAUGGUCUUGUCGACAACGAGACCCUGGGCUACUUCCUGGCCCGCAUUCACCUCUUCUUGAAGAAGAUCGGUAUUGACCAGACCAAGAUUCGCUUCAGGCAACACAUGGCCAACGAAAUGGCCCACUACGCCUGCGACUGCUGGGAUGCCGAGCUUCUUACCUCGAGUGGCUGGGUCGAGUGCGUUGGUUGCGCCGACCGAAGUGCCUAUGAUCUGUCUGUCCAUGCCAAGAAGACCGGGGCGCCCCUUAUUGUACGGCAGCGCCUGGAUGAGCCCCGGGUUAUUGAAGAGUGGGAGAUUGAGAUCGAGAGGAAGAAGUUUGGUCCCUUUUACAAGAAGGAUGGCAGGGCUGUCGAGGCCGCCAUCAUGGCCACCACACAAGAAGAGCGCGGCAAGCUUGCCAAGGAGAUGGAGGAGAAUGGAAAGGUGGCUAUCAGCGUCCCGGGCGUCGGCGAUGGCAAGGUGGAAAUCAGCAAAGACCUCCUGGCCAUCAAGUGGCAGAAGCGCGUUGAGAACAUCCGGGAAUACACACCCAACGUCAUCGAGCCGUCAUUUGGUAUUGGCCGGAUCUUGUACUCGCUUAUUGAGCACAAUUAUUGGACCCGAGCAAGCGAGGGCGGUGACGAAGCGCGUGGCGUGCUGUCCUUCCCUCCCGCGGUCGCGCCGACAAAGGUCCUGAUCGUGCCCUUAUCGUCGCACAAAGAUUUCGCGCCUGCGGUGCGCAAGCUCUCGCAGAAGCUCAGAUCUGCUGGCCUCUCGAGCCGUGUGGACGACUCGUCGGCCAGCAUCGGCAAGCGGUAUAGCAGAAACGACGAGCUGGGCACGCCGUUCGGCAUCACGGUCGACUUCCAAACCGUCAAGGACGGCACCAUCACGCUCAGAGAGCGUGACAGCACCCGACAGGUGCGCGCCGAAGAGGACAAGAUCAUCGAGGCUAUCAAGGCGCUUGUCGAGGGCUCCAAGACGUGGAAGGACAUCGAGUCAGAGCUGCCUCUCUUUGAGGGCCAGCAGGAUGUCGAGGUUCCUGUUCGUUAA